UGAUCAUAAUUAUUUAUAACUUUAUUAAGGUUUAUUGCAGCUAUGGCUACUAAAGAAAUCCCUUCAGGUAAAAAUGAAAAUUCAGUAAAAGCAACUUGGAAAGUUCCAUCGGAUACCAAAAUUUUACUUGACUUAUGUAUGGUUGAGAUCCGUAAAUAUGGAAAGCCAGGUCUUGCUUUUAGGAAUAGGAAAUGGGAGGAAAUACGUGAAGAAUUCAAUAAACGUGCUGAUAAAAAUUAUAACCAAAAGCAGUUGAAAAAUAGAAUGGAUACUUUGAGAAGUGAUUGGACGACAUGGAAACAAUUAAUUGGUAAAGAAACAGGUUUGGGAUGGAAUCCUCAGAUAGGAAAUAUUGAUGCUGAUGCUUCAUGGUGGGAUGCUAAGAUAAGGGAGAAUGUAAAAUAUUUAAAAUUUCGUUAUCAAGGUUUGGAGUUUCUUGAUGAAUUGGAAUUCAUAUAUAGGGAUGCAGUGGCAACAAGUCAACACCAAUGGACACCGGCUUUGGGUGUGCCAUUAGAAUCUAAUGGCAAAAAUACUACUACAAAUGUGCCACAAGAAAUAAUUGACUCUGAUGAUAGUGAAUUUGAUAUUGGUGACCACUUUAGCCCUGUGGAAAAUACUCAACCCAAAAAGAAAAGAAAGGUUUCACCAAAUAUUGGAGAGAAAGUGACAAAGGGAAAGGCAAAGGUUGGGACAACAACAACUAUGAGAAAAACAUUUGAGCGGUUAGUUGAAGCAGCUGAAGGUCAUAAUGAAGUUGAAAAGGCUCAAAUUGCGGCCACCUCUCAUGUCCAUGGAGAGUACUCUAUUCCAGUCUGCGUUAAAUUAUUGAAAAGUGCAAAGGAUGAUGGUUUUUUGAAUGGUCAACAAUUUAGUUAUGCUUUAGAAAUGCUUAAAGAUGAACAAAAUCGAGUCCUACUGAUGACCUUAAAAGAUUCGAAGGAAGAUUUGGUAGAGUGGGUUCUAUACAACUAUGUUGAUAAGAAACCAUCUAAUAUUUAGGUUAAGAUUGGCGUUGGGUUUUUUAGUUA